GGCUGGCGGGGGCGGGCAGAGUGCCUCGGCGGAGGGGCCCGGCGGGAACAAACAGCCGCCUCGGCGGGAGCGCUGCUCGGGUGGCCGGAGGCAGAUUCUCCUCUUGCCCGCAGAUCCCGCAAACCCUCGCUCCCUGGAGCUGCUGCCUUCACUGCGCUCAGCCCUGGAUGGUAAGGGUUCACGCGGGUGCCAGCUGGAGCUGGGAGUAGCAGCGGCAGUCCCCCACCCGUCAUCUCCCCAAGGCAGCGCCCGGGCCACCGAGGCCAAAGCGCAGUUGGAGCCGCACCAGCAGAGCCUGAGACGCCGGGACCAACGCUGCCGGAGCGGGGCCCGAAGGAACCCGAGCGGCUUCCGGCCCAAGGCGAGACGCACUUGAGUGAUCGCAAGGAGCAAAGUUGGCGUUCUCAGAUUCGGGCCUCGGAGAGAUCUCUACAGGGCUGUCCUGGAGCACAAAGACCAAGGCAAAAGGGAAUCUGAAGGUUAUAAAGAGACUCAAUUUCUGUGACUCCAUGGAAGGGAGAAAUUGCAUCAUGGCUGUCCUUCAGAGAUUCAAUUUGCUACUUUGAUGGUAGUGAGCUCCCCAUCACUGGAAAUGCGUGAGUAGAGGCCGGACAAUCAUUGGGCCCGAAUCUUAAGGCAUCCAGGUAGAGCAGAAAGAGCACUCUCACCACUUACUGGCCUCAGACAAAUAAUCUUUCUAAGCCUCAGUUUUCUCACUUGUAAAGUAUCCAGGUAGCUAGGUUGGAGACAGAAACCAAGGAAAUUUCCUGGCACUACCUCUCAGGGAUUUAUGAAACCUAGUACUCCAGCUGGAGCCAACUAGGAGUCAGGAGGCUUUGGUGAGGCUCCUCGCUCUUCUCUUCAACCUUGACAUUUUUUAGCAUGCCUGCUCCAACCUGCCAAGGGAAUGUACCUCCCCUGGUUUGUUCAUGAGACUGGAGAGGAGCAGUUGCACCUGAGGCCUGGGAUCUACUCCCAGACCUUCCCCUCCCUUCCUGUGUCACCUCAGAUACACCUCCCUACUUAUCCCAUCCUCAGUUUCCUUAUCUGACAUGUGAGAAGCGCAUCUUCUCUUCUGGGCAGUCUGGAUCCAGAAUCAGGGCUCUUAACUACAGUACUGUGCCUUAUCUAUAACUCCAAAUGUGAGCAGUUGACAUUCACAGCAAUAAUAAUUAUCAUGUUUCUGUAGAGCCUGACCUUGCCCAGAUUCUUGCUCUUCCCAGCCCAGGUCAGCCUGGAAUGGUACCAUCUGCUGCAUGAGCUGAUGUCAUCAAUCUGGGAUGACCCCAGGUUCCCCAGCUGUGGAGGGAUUUGCUUUCAGUCAGGAGUUUGGCUCUCAUCAUCACAUGCUUGCCUCUCACAAAGGGCUCUGCUUGAUCUUCCCUCGUCCACCUCCUCCCACAAGACUGGGGCUACUCAGAUUUGGAUGAUUAGAGGCAAGGAGAUAGGAAAUCAAAGGCCAGAGAGGAACACAUCUUAGAACAUGAUUCUGUGAUCAGAAGAAGGGAGUCAUGAUUGGGGCCUGAACGUGGAGGGCCAGAAGGGCAGAUGGCAAUGUCUGGCAGGAGGCCUGGAGGUCCCUACACUUGCCAGUGAUGCCCAGGAUUUGGGGGCUGGAAGGGAAAAGUAGCGAUCACCCUGCACAGAUUGAUACCCAGGACAUAGACCCACCCAGGGUGGAGGUGCCCAGCCUUCCCAAAUCUGAAGACCAGAACAUCUCUGGGAAAGCCACCGGGGAGGAGGGCAGUGAGGUUUGAGUAGAUGAAAUUCUGACCACAGUCACUGAGAGUCCUUUUGUUUAAUAAAAGAGGGCAGCUGCCAAGAAUAGGGGAGAAUGGAAGAUCUUGGAGGGCUUCCUGGGGGAGGUGGAAACUGCAGCCCGUUUUCUCUUGUAAAACAAAUCAUUGGGCUCCUCAUGAGCAAGUGCCUUUCAGAGAUCAGAAGCCACUCUCAGCCCCAAUUGGCAUCCAAAUGGAUCCUAGCUUUCUUCUAUAGAUUUGCAGCUCAAAUCAGGUGCAUACAAGGUGGCCAAUAGGUGGCGCUUUUGCCUCCACAAAAUUAAUGAGGGGAGAACAGGGGAGAGACACCUGAUUCAAGGAGAGGGGAGAGAGAAGGGGAGUGUUCAAGAGGGAGGAAGGGGAAAACUGAAAGAAAAAGGAAACCAGAACCUGUCACUUGGCUUGGGAGAGUAGCUUUCAAUAUCAGGACUGUGGGUGUGAGCUGGGGGGACACAGAUAUUGGGAUGAGGAAUUUUACUGGUGUCUGGGGCUUUCCACCCAAGUUUCCAUCUCCACUGGCCUCUCUCAGAGGAAGAGAAUGACUUGGGAGUCAGGAGGACCUGGAGUCCGGUUCUGAGUCAGUCAUUUUGCAGCUUGACCUGGGUGAAGCACAACCCUGAAGAUUACUUGAAGGAGCUUCUCUACUGACAUGCUGGCCUGUGUCCUUGCCAAGGACGUCACUUUCCUAGACAUUUCUCAUCUCCUCCCCACUAUUUCAAGAUCCCAGGGACAGAGACUUGUAUGGCAAAUGAGAUUUGAAUUCAGAAUUCAAGAAGCACUUCCCGACUUCAGCCAACUCUGCUGCAGAUCAGUGGGAGGACUGCAAGUGAGAAUGGAAAUGAAGAGCUAUCCUGGGGUCUGGAGGAGCUCAGCCAGGUUCCAGUCUGUGUCAAAGGGGAGUGCUCUCUCAGUAGGAAACGGAACGGACAGUACCCCUCCAGUCCUUCCAAUCCCAGCUGGGGCAGAGAUGAGAGCCGCCCAGAGCCAACUUGCCAACCCUCAGCAUCCUGAUGCUGUGCUGGUCAAAGAGGUGUCAAACCCACCCCAGGACGUUAGACAAUGGAGAAAGGCUGCUCCUGAACCAGGGAUGAAAGAAGCAGCCCCAGCCUUACCCACAGAGCCUGAACUCUGCAACACCCUCUGGGCUGAGUGGCCUGCACCAGCCUCAGGAAAUGGAACAGGGGCAGCAGGCCUGACUCUGCAGAGAGAGCAUCAGAGAAGAACCCAGGAGGAGGCUGCCCCUCGUCGUGCAUCUUCAUUCCUCAAGCACUCUCAUUCAGCAAAUCCCAAGGACCUGUGUCUAGACUGUCCUAGGUGCUGGGUCAGUGAAGAGUCAGACUGUCCUCUGCCUUCGCUAUGCCCAGGAGAGGGCAGCCAUGCAGCCACUGCCCAUACAGGGUGGUCAAUGUAUGAUGCGGGCAGAGAAGGGAUGGUAGGGGCACAGAAAAGGGAGCACACCCAGCCUGGCAAAGCCAGAAGGCUUCCUGAGAGGGUAGAAGUCCAACUGCAGGGGGGCAGGCCCAGGCUGGAUGAGGGCUCAUUCUCUGUGCCCCCACCUCAUCUCAUCAGUGCACUUACUGAAUUUCCAUGUGUCUGUUUCCCACAUUACGGGUACCGUGUCUCACUCAUAUUUGAAUCCCUGGCACUUAGUAUAGUGCCUGGUACAAGUUGAUAGUGGAUAAAUGUGAAUCAGAUGGUCGGAAGGAUGGCUAAGUAAUGGGACAAGAAAAUCACGGGUGCAAAGACAAGAGAAUAUAGUCCAUUCUGGGAAGUGCAAGACUUUCAGUAUUUUUCUACUAAAAAUGAGAUGAGCUCAAUAUCCGUGACAACCUAAUUGGGCAAAGAAUUUAUAAAAGAAUAGAUGCAUGUAUAUGUAUAACUGAAUCAUUUUGUUGUAUACCUGAAACUAAUACAAUGUUGUUAAUCAACUGUGUGCUCCAGUAUAAAAUAAAAAGUUAAAAAAAUUAGAUGAGCUAAAUACCUGUAAAAUUCUCAGGACACUGCCUGACACAUCAAUACUGCUUGUUAACUGUUAACUUUUUAAAAUUAUUAUUUUUCAAUAAAGCUUUAAUUAUUUGCUUAUUUUAGUGAAAACAUUGAACUUUUGUUGUUUUGAAUACAUUUAUUAAUAGAACAUAGGUCUUGGUAAGUGGUGCCUAUGACUAUAACAGUUUUUCUAAGAUGAAGAAUAUAUAUUUUUCUGACAAAAUUUUGUGAAAAAGACAAAAGUUGUGAACCAAAUAAUAAUAAAUAUUGUAAAUCAUGUCAAAAUAAGCAGAUCAACAAUGUGAUGAAAAAAAUCACUUGGUCUUUUA